GCGGUAUUCACGAGAAAACUAAUUAUGUUUUGUGUUUAUCCGAUCAUCUAAGUAUCUUGUAGUACAGCAGUAUCCAUGAUGAACCUUGCUUCAUCAUAGGAGGAUAGCACACCGUCAUCGCAGAGAACACCUCUUAAACUUAAAUCUCAUUUCUCUUAAGGCGAUAUAUUCAAUAACAACCUUAUGAUUAAUCUUUAAGAUUUCAAUAUUUAGAUAUUUACAGAGCAGUGCAAUGCUUUUUAUAAAGACAGUGUAGUGUAGGCAUGCGCGAAAAGGCAGGACGCGCGUUACUAAUCGGCCGCGGGACGUCGGGCAGGGAUCAUGUCCGGAAAGACAAGUGAGAACAUGAGCAUUUUAACCGACCAACAUGUUCAAAAGUUCAUGGAUGAUGGGUUCCUGGUUCUGGAGGGGUUCCUGGACCCAGAUGAGUGUGAUGCAUUGAGGGAGAGAAUGAAGGAAAUCGUGGAGAAGAUGGAUGUCCCCAAACACUGCAGAAUACAGUUCUCCACUGACCACGAUGAGCAGCUAAAGACACAGGGAAGUGCGGAUUACUUUAUCACCAGUGGUGACAAGAUUCGCUUCUUCUUUGAAAAGGAUGUUUUCGAUGAUAAAGGUGAAUUUAUUGUGCCAAAGGAACUUUCUGUGAAUAAAGUUGGACAUGCUCUCCAUGCCCAUGAUGCUUCGUAUAAAAGCGUCACACACUCCCCGAGUGUCCAGAAUUUGGUUAAGAAGUUGGGUCUUGAGAAUCCUGUGGUUUUGCAGAGCAUGUACAUAUUCAAGCAACCUGGGAUUGGUGGAGAAGUGACCCCGCAUCAAGACGCCACUUUCCUGUACACAGAGCCUCUGGGGCGGGUGAUGGGCGUGUGGAUAGCUCUGGAGGAUGUCACGCAGCAGAAUGGCUGCCUCUGGUUCAUUCCUGGCUCACACAAAAAUGGGAUCACGCGCCGAUUUGUCCGCACCCCCCAGGGGUCCGACUCCCUGACGGACUUUGUGGGACAGGAGCAGAAAUAUGACAGCGAGCUGUUCAUUCCCACACCGGUUAGGAAAGGGGGAGUGGUUCUGAUCCAUGGUGAGGUGGUCCACCAGAGUGCCCAGAACACCUCUAACGUCUCCCGUCAUGCCUACGCCUUUCACAUCAUGGAGUCCAAGAAUACACGCUGGAGUCCGGACAACUGGUUACAGCCCACCCCAGAGCAACCUUUUCCGUCCCUCUACACCUGACACAACACCAGGCGUUCACAUUCACUCAUUCCCUAUGAUGAUUGUAGACCUUAGUUUUACACUGUACUCAGAACUAAGAUAAAAAAAAAAGUCAGUAUUACAGGCCUAUUCCAGAAGCAUAAAACAUAAAAACAUGAAGACAUACCGAUGCUUAACAGUGCCCAGGCAAGCAUGCUCAUAAAACAUGCUAAAUGCUCAUCAUCCAAUACUGCAGCAUGCAUGUGACAAACUCAGCUGACCUGAUAAGGACAUUUGUCUGGACACUGAAUCGAUCUUGGGAACAGACGGCAGAAGCACACUGCAUACUUCACAUCAAAGUCAUAUCACACAGAAACACACUGCUCAUUUCACAUCAAAGUUACAUUGCACAGAAGCACAUUGCACACUUCACAUCAACGUCACAUUGCACAGAAGCACAUUGCACACUUCAUAUCAAAGUCACAUCGCACAGAAGCACACUGCUCACUUCACAUCAAAGUCACAUCGCACAGAAGCACACUGCUCACUUCACAUCAAAGUCACAUCGCACAGAAGCAAACUGCACAUCAAAGUCACAUCGCACAGAUUAAUUUUAUUUUUGCUCCAUCCUUUCCCUUUAUUUGUAUUAUUUGUAAUUUUCAUAUCAAAGGAAAAAACAUUUAGAUACAAAUACCAGAAGAGAGGGUUUUACUGCAUAUGCAUGCAAGAGUAGCUGAAAAUCCGGAAUUAAGCAAACACAUUUCGAUUGAGGAAUGGGAGCCAUCAUAUAUGCAUAUUUGAUUUUAUCUCGACUGCAACACUGUACCAGAUGUCAGGAACCAGCUGAAGACCUCAGUGGCAUUUUAGAAAAUCAUCUACUACUGUGUCCAGCUACCAGAUUUUAAAAUUGACUGACUGCUUUUCAUGAUAAUAUGCUAAUUGACAAGACCUUGUGUCCCUAACCAUAUCACCUCCCCAUUCAGAAUGCGUCAUGCGUCGAGUGAAUGCAGCCUGAAAUGACAGGACCGUUAUAAUGCACACAGUUUGAAUUGAGAUGAGGUAGGUUACCAUUAGCUAACUGUUAGCAAUAUGCUGAAGUGUUGAAGCAAAGGCCAGCAUGCGGACAGUCAUGCCACCUCUACACAAGCUGUCUGCAGAUACACAGCAGCUAAGUUACAAUGACCUGCAUUAACACCUGUUUCUGCUCUUCUGUCUAAUAAUAGUAAAUGUUGAUGUAUUGUAUUUGUGAUUCCAAUCAACUGCAUGUGGAUGGUUGUAGAUUAAGGUCAUCAACCAAGUUUUGCUGAACAACUGGGAGGUUUUGAUCCAAGAAAAUCUGAAAUCAAAUACAAAAUAUUAGAACAACCAUGACAAAUCCCUUUAGUAAGCAUAAGCAACAUAUUCCCAAACCCCUAUAAGCAUAAAAAUCUCGAACAAAGAACAUCGCCUCUUUGGUAAACAUGUGCUAUUCGUUACUAUUAAAAAGGGACCGUUAAAGUACUGUGGGUCAUCUAACAGAAGCUGCUAUGCUAUAUAUACAUGUUAGAUACUGUCAUCAUCCACUUCAGUCCUGGGACGAGAGUACGAACCUAGAUGCUAAUUAGCAGACCAAGUAUUGUGCUAGUCUUUGCUAAAACAGCCCUGUUUGCAUGAUUGCUAAUGUAUAUGUAUAAUAAGUGCAGUAAUGUAAUGAGAACAACCAAGCAGAGUAUUCAGGAGAUACAUCUGUACAGUGACAUAGUAACAUUUCUGUUAAAACUAUUAUGACAAACAACUUUGUAGCCUAGAAAUUGGUGUUUUAAUAUAAUAGCUACAAUAAUAUAAAGCAAUCAGAAAGACUGGCAGACGAUAACAUGAUGUAGAGCUGAACUCUCCGUACGGAUUAUGAAUGCUGUCAUCUGCAUUUUGGGGAUGCUGACAAUCGUAGGUUGAGCAAAGUUCAGAAUAAUCACAUUAAUAAUUACAUUAAUUUAAGCUACUACAGUU